UUUCACUAAAGUUAAAUGUACCGGAAAGAUUGUAGUUUGUGAUGCAGUCCAGUACUACUAUAUAAAGGUAGACAGGCUGCAAAGUAUCGGACACAUAGAAGCAGGAAUCAUUAAGACAACAAUAUGAGUACGGGACUCGAUAUUCUCUGCCAUAAGCUUCAGGCUGCGCUGGACAACCGUCGUGAGGAGGGUCGACUUAUUGACCCUCCUUCUGCGGCUACUCUGGCUAAAAUGACAGACUUUAGCUCUAACGACAGCCUCUCUCUGUCAUCCUCCGGUGCUCUAUCGAUGGCAUUUUUGCGCGAGCUUCGGAAACACCCUAACUUCACUGUCGGAAGCACCUCGUCACGAAUCUUAGACGGUACCAAGCAGUAUCUAGAGCACAUUGAACGUGACUUGGCUCAGUUUCACCGUGCUGAGUCGGCUAUGUUCUUUAACUCGGGGUAUGAUGCUAAUGUAGCCGUUUGGUCUGCAAUCCCUCAGCCUGGUGACUUUGUCGUUUACGACGAAUUUGUGCACGCAAGCAUUCAUGACGGAAUGAGACAAGGACGAGCCACGACUGUCCCAUUCCAACACAAUGAUUGUGAAUCUCUUCGAGACUGCCUGAAGGACAUCCAAGCUGGGCACCGUGCUGUUUCUGAAGGGAAACAGGUAGUCUUUAUAUCACUUGAAUCUUUCUACAGCGUGGAUGGUGACAUAACUCCAGUCCUUGAGAUAGUGAAUGUUGUCCGUGACACCCUGCCGCUGGGCAAUUAUGUGCUUGCAAUCGAUGAGGCGCACUCCAAUGGAGUUGUCGGGCCAAAUGGCUCAGGGUUCAUCUGUCAUUAUGGGCUGGAGGAUGUCUUUGGAAUACGACUCCAGACUUGUGGGAAAGGACUAGGAUCGACUGGGGCGGUAUUAUUGGCCAACGAAACAAUUAAACUCGCGCUCCUCAACUAUGGCCGUAGCGUCAUUUUUAGCACAGCUCCUAGCUUUCUUACCGUAUUAGCCGUGAAAGCUGGCUAUGACCUGUUAGCCAGUGAGGAGGGAGAAAAGCGUCGAUGCCGACUGCAGAAAAAUCUGCAGUUCUUCUACCAGACACUGACGACAAGCGUUGAGUGGAAGCAUGCAAAAGAAAAGGGUAUUUUUUAUCUUCUGACCGAGAAGACCUGGCGAUCGGAGCCUUUCCUAGCCCCCAUAGCUGCAAUCGUGGUCCAGCCAGGGAAGGCGAAGGAAUUGGCACAUCAUUUACAUCAGGCCAAGUAUUGGGUAAACCCAAUGACCUUUCCCCUGGUGCCUAAGGACAAAAAUCGAAUUCGGAUUGUCAUACACGCUGACAAUACGGAGAGCCAGAUCGAAGGCAUUGUUCGCUUACUUAGAGAGUGGGCCCUGGGGCAAAUCAGACUUGGUGAGAGAAAGCCAGGACCUGCCCGAAUGUGAGGGGUUGUGCAAGUUAGAUAUUGGAAAGAAAGUUCUUUUUUCUCCCUCUUGUCUCUUUGUCUCUCUUUCUGUUUUUCUGUUUUUCUGUUUUUCUGUUUUUCUGUUUUCGUGCCAUGUGUUUACCCAAUUGCCACCGUGAAAUAAAAUUGGGAUAUAGCGGAUUUGACGAAGCUUAAUGCAGUCUUGGGCAGUAACUUGUGUGAACUUGGCAGGUAUCCGGUUCUGAAGCACCCUCUGAAUUCAAAAUGCCGUGGGUUGAGUCGAGUUAAGCUUUGGAAGGACUGGUGGUUUGAAUGAGAGUUGAAGUACU